AUGGAGCACUUCACCUGCAUUGUGAAGGUACUUUUUACCCUACUGUAUACACAGGCUCUUGCAGCACUUUCAGUUAAAUGCAGUGAGGAAGAUAGGUCAGCCUGGAAACAUGUUGGAGCUCUUAAGAAGAAUACAUCUGAUGCAGAAAAGUCUUAUGAAGUGUUAUUGAGCUUUGUUAUAAGUGAACUAUCAAAAGGAAAGUUAUACUAUGAAGAAGGAACUCAGGAGUGUGCAAUGGUUUGUCCUAUUGCUUGGUCUCCUGAAUCCAUGGAAAAAUACUUACAGGACUUCUGCUUACCUUUUCUCAGAAUCACCAGCCUUCUGCAGCACCACCUUUUUGGGGAAGAUUUACCUAGUUGCCAGGUAUAAUUUGAGGUAGAGAAUAGGGAGCCUUGUUUUUAUAAUAAGCUAAUUUUAUGAAUUAUAUGGAUAUAGAGUAUAAUACUUACGUCUCUCUCUCUCUCUCUGUCAUGAGUAUAUGUUAGUUUAACUCAAAGGAAUAAAUACAAUAUUUACACUUUUGUGUUUAUUAGCAUCCACCCUUUCUAUGAUAAUAUUGUUAAUGUUGGACAUUUGAGCAGUUUUGGAUCAGAUCGAUGAUAAUUUGUGCCCAAUACUUGAAUAGGACCCUCAUAUUUAGUCUCUUGGCAUUUUUUAUUACUAAUAUCAUUUGCUUUUAAUAUCCUUUUAAAAGUUACGAUGGUCAGAACACUGGUUGUUUAAAGAUAUGAUAGCAUUUAUAUGAUUUUUGUAGCAAUGAAAUGUUUGGUUUGUAACCAAUUGUGUUGAAACGUGAAUGAAUUAAUUAUUACUGGUUAAACUGUUCCAUACAACUGUGGGUCAAAAUGAGUAGACAAGAAAGUAACAGGGUAGAAAAUCAGAAGGUAAGUAAGCCCACAGUGUGCUUAUGGAAUAUGACCCUGACGUUCAGUUUCAGGGAAUUUGAUGUAAGAAUUAUGUGUAUCAGUCAUACUUAGGAUGUCUGAAGUAUAUCAGAAUUAAGCAGGUUUUUUUGUUGUUCAUUUUGUCUUAAGCAGUUGACCAUUAUGUUAAAUGCUUUGAUUCUUUUGUUUUUAUCAAGUGCUUGUAGAUAAAUUCUGCACAUUUGUCAUCAAAACCUCCUAUUUAGAGUUAUAAGAUGUUGAACAAGCUGGGUGCCAGUAGCUCACACCUAUAAUCCUAGCUACUCCAGAAGACAGAAAUC